UCCAAAUCGAAAGUCCCAGUUUUGCCGGAUAUUCCAACAGGCUAGUUUUAAGCCGUCCCCUUCCAGUGGUUCAAGCAUAAUACCAUGCUCAAACGGAUCAAGCUUCUGCUCGGACAGCAUCAUCAGUUUUCUUCAGUGUAAACGGUUAUAAGAAUUGAAAGAUCGCAACCAGCUUCUUUGUAGACAGAAACACCGCCCCGAUCCGUCGGCCCGCCGCCGCCCGUCCGCGGAGAGAUCGGCGUCUCGUUCAACGAGCGGCGAAUAUCUGCCAGCCCUUUGCCCCAACAUCGAGGUCGUCGUCGAGGGAGAAGUCAUCGCCCCGGAGGACCUCAAUGCGGACUGGAUCCCAGUCCAUACGGCCAGAAAGAAGGCUCGACAGCCGAAAGUACCCUCACCGAAGCCAUCGAACCCAGCCGAGCGUCUGGCUUCCCGCAGCUCGCCAAGGCCUGGCUCCAAGCCGCGCCCGCCGCAGCUCCCAAGACUACCUGACGACGACUACAAGAUCGUCAUUCGUCCACGUGGUGGCCUCAACCUAAGCUCCAUGAGCACAGGCAAGCUGCAAGACCUUAUCUUCAACGCUGCCCAGACCAACUACGACGCCGCACGCGCCGACCAAAUCCGAAUCAACGCUACUCAAAACUCUAUACUAAUCAGCACCCCCUCCGAAGAGCGGGCGCGCACGUACUUCAACCUUCACACCUUACGCAUCGGAGAGGAGAACUAUCCCCUGGCCACAUACGUAGCAGAUCCUGCCAACACCUCACGCGGAAUCAUCUUUGAUGUUCCAGAAUACGAUACACCGGACAACAUCAGCCGAUACCUAAUCGACUACAAUCACGACCCGGCUAUUCUCCUUGCCCGCCGGAUGGGAAAAACUAACUCCGUGCUAAUAGUCUUCGACAGCCCGGAGGUGCCCCACUGGGUCAGCUACCACGGGGCCCCCUACCGCUGCGUACUAUUCAAACACAAGACGGAGGCCUGCAAUAUCUGCUGGAAGAUCGGGCAUAGGGCAGAUGUGUGCCCCUCACCGAGAGCCAAUAAGUGCCCACGCUGCGGAAUCGACAAUCCACCCACUGACCACGACUGUGAAGUGAAAUGCGCCGUAUGCCGAGGACCCCACCCCACGGGUUCCCCGAGGUGCAAGAAACGCUUUCAAGAACACCCUGCCAUUCGCCGCCGUCAGGCACAACGCCCGGUCGGCGAUUUCGGCAAAAGUUCAACCCCACCGCCCCCCCGUGGCAGGUCCAGGGAACGCAAAUCAGUACCCUCCGAGCCCGGAUUUCGAUCCCGGUCCCGUACUCACUCCAGACCCCGACCACGAUCCAGAUCCAGGUCCAAACCGCGCCAGGUCCCGCAAGACGAGCCGCCCCGACAACCAGCGGCCACCAAACAGGUGAGCUGGGCUAAUGUGGCCUCCGGUUCCACGGGUGGUGAUGCCAGAGACAACGAGCUCGCGGCUCUACGGCGAGAGGUCCAAACCCUCACGAAAUUAAUCACUGCCGUUCAGAAGGAAAAUACUGAAUUACGAACCCUAAUUAAACAGAAAGAGGUUACCCCUCCAGCACCCACUCCUGUCCCUCUCCCACAACCCGUUGCAGUCGCCAUACCCUCGCCUGAUAGCGCCGCCCAGCCUACCAAGCGUAGAGCAAUCGAUACUAAUGACGUCCAAAUCGUAGACGAAUUACGCCGACUCUCAGAGUCAAUGACCGAAAUGUCUCGCACUUUCAGUGCCAGACUGCAAACCUUAGAGCAAAACGUUCACAGCCGUUUUACGGCAAUCGAAGGCAUUGUUUCAAAGCGCUCCUCCGAAUUGGCCCAACUCACCGGUCAAAUGGACCAACUCACCAACCUCUCACCCCAGGCAGGGUCCUCCAAUCCUCUACCACCCCCACUAUCCACACCCUACCUCCAACAGUGCAUCCCUGAGUAUGGCUUUACCUCUCCCCCACCCGCCACGCCUCAGUAGACACCAAACCACUAUCUGGCAAUGGAACUGCCGCAGCUUUCGACGGAAACGUGGCAAUCUCCAACAUUACAUACAAUCCCUCGAAACACCCCCCGAUAUCAUAGCGAUUCAGGAAACCCGCGGCCUGGUCAAACUUGCCGGCUAUAGAACUUUCCAAAAUCCUGAUAAUAAGGAACCCAAUACCGCCAUCCUCACACGUAGACACCUAACCGCUUCAUACAAAAGCCUUGGCGGAGUUGACGUCGAGCACGACUUCCUGGAGAUCCUUCCGCAGCGGAAAGGCGACCCCCGUCUCUAUAUACUAAACGUAUACAGCCCCCCGUCGGCUCGCAAACACAGAUUUGGCGUUCUCUUUUCGCAUGCCCUAAGGGAGGCGGGUCCUCACGGCCUGGUCAUAGUGGGAGACUUCAAUGCCUCCCACACGGCAUGGGGUUACAGGACAUGCACUCCCAAGGGUCGGGAUAUAUGGACCCAAGCGCAACAACACCGUAUCACCCUGGUAACGGACCCCCUCCAGCAAACACGAAUAGGUACCAGCGUAACGGUUGACACGACACCGGACCUAACGUUCACACACAACACAGCCCUCUUAAACUGGCGAAAUCUCGGAGAACCGCUAGGUAGUGACCACUACAUACUUGAAACCACGGUAGGGGGGUGCCUUGGAAAAUCCCGUCGCAACCGCCUCCGCAUUACUAAAUGGGACGACUUUAGGGCCAGUAGAGAGGCAUCUGCAACCGAAACCAUUACCAACCUAGAAGAGUGGGCCUCCACUCUCCUAACAGACAUUCAACUGAACACCACGGACAUCCCAGACGAAGCCCACUUAGAGGCAAUAGACGCCCGCCUCCUUCGUCUCUGGGAGGCGAGGUCCAGCCUACAUAAGCGAUGGAAAACUCAGCGGCACAACCGCAAGUUACGCCGCAAAAUAGCCUACUUAGAUAGAGAAAUUGAAGAAUAUUCUCUGAAGUUACUAACCCAACAAUGGGGCCAGAUAUGCGACAAGAUGCAAGGGCAAUUGGGGCUUAAGCGCACAUGGCUUCUGCUUCGUCACCUCCUUGAUCCAACCUCAAGCAAGCACGAGCAGCAACAUCGACUUAAUACUUUCCUGCACCAAUGGCCGGGGACUGAGGACGAACUCCUCCAGGAACUCCAAUCGCGAUACGUAGGCGUCCCCCGGACUACUUCCUUGCCCCCGUAUGCAGGGUCCAGUAACCCCCUCCUGGAUUCGGACAUUACGGUCCCCGAGGUUCGUGCGGCUCUGCUUCAGCUUCAUACCAACUCGACGCCCGGCCCCGACCAAAUCACUAACAAGGCCCUUCGCAACCUGGA